CGGGACGGCGAUGCAAGUGUUCGAGAACAGGCUGAAGCCGUUAGUCGACGAGAACGUGUGCGACGACGAACGCUGCUUCCUGUGGUGCACGCUACGGGACAGCAGUGGUAAUCUGCUGGCUCCCGCGUCGUUUGUCUGGCCCUCCACGCCUUACCUGUCCAAGCACAAGAAGGCGACGGUCACGAUCGUAUCCGUCUCGGGUCCUGGCCGCCUGUCGUUUGGACGGUCGCGGAAGAUCUUCAAGGUGCAUUUGAGAGCCAAGAAGAUUGCCCUGUACGUUUGGCUGGAAGCGCCCGGCGUUCAGGGCUAUUUCCAGAAAAACGGCUUCAUCAUGACGGACCGAAACCUGGUCAUCGAAUUCAAGACGACCGCUGACGUGAGUGCCAAGAAGCUGCAGGAGAUCAUGAACGUGACCUCGCUCACCGACUACACAAAGCUAAGCCGCUGAAGUGACGCCCCGAAGAUUACCACGAAAGGAGUAGGAGUUCUCGUGAUAU